UAAAGGGAUAAAAGUCGCCCCUUCAGUCAGAGAGUCGUGACUGUGACUCUAACCCUGACUCUAACCCUGACUCUAACCCUGACUCUAACCCUGACUCUAACCCCUGAGCUGCAGCAUCACCAUGACCGUGUAUGAAGUUAGCAGCCUGCUAAUGGGGAGCGCUGUCGGGAACAUAAUCAGUGACAACCUGACGUUGGCGAUUCUGAUGACGUCAGCUUUCACGCUCACACUGGCGUAUUUAUCUAAAGUGGUGUUUAAGCAGACGCACGAUCGACGUGACGGACACAAAUAUCCUCCAUACAUCCCCUCCAGUCUGCCGUACUUGGGCCAUGCCGUCGCCUUUGGGAGAAGCCCCAUUGACUUCCUCGAAAACGCUCACAAGAAGUACGGACCUGUGUUCAGCUUUACCAUGGUGGGGAAAACCUUCACCUAUCUGGUGGGAAGUGAAGCAGCUGCUCUGAUGUUCAACAGUAAAAAUGACGACCUGAACGCAGAAGAUGUUUAUUCACAACUGACCACGCCGGUGUUCGGCAAAGGAGUCGCCUAUGAUGUCCCAAACCAUGUGUUUCUGGAGCAGAAGAAGCUGUUGAAGACCGGUCUAAAUGUGGCUCGCUUUAAGAGACAUGUACAGAUAAUUGAAGAAGAAACGAGGCUGUAUUUCACCCGCUGGGGGGACAGUGGGGAGAGAAAUCUGUUUGAGAGUCUGAGUGAGCUGAUCAUCCUGACGGCAAGUCACUGUCUGCACGGCGUGGAGAUCCGCAGCGUCCUCACCGAGAGUGUCGCUCAGCUCUACACUGACCUCGAUGGAGGAUUUACCCACGCGGCCUGGCUAUUACCCCACUGGGUUCCUUUACCCAGUUUCAGGCAGAGAGACCGAGCUCACGUAGCUAUCAAAGAAAUCUUUUACAAAGUGAUUGAGAAACGCAGAAAGAGUGCAGUGAAAGAGGACGACAUCCUCCAGACGCUCCUAGACGCCACAUACAAAAAUGGCCGUUCUCUGAGUGAUGAUGAGAUUUCUGGAAUGUUGAUUGGUCUGUUGUUGGCGGGUCAGCACACGUCCUCCACCACCAGUGCGUGGUUAGGCUUCUUCCUGGCACGAGACUCUUCACUACAGAAGCGCUGCUACAGCGAACAGAAACAUGUGUGUGGAGAAAACCUGCCACCCAUCACCUACGAACAGCUGAAGGAGCUGACCGUGUUGGACCGAUGUCUGAAGGAAACUCUGAGGCUGCGACCUCCAAUCAUGACCAUGAUGAGAAUGGCUCGAACUCCUCAGAAAGUUGGAGAAUACACCAUCCCUGCAGGACACCAGGUGUGUGUGUCUCCCACAGUAAACCAUCGGCUCCAGGACACCUGGACAAAUCGACUGGACUUUGACCCUGACCGUUACCUUGGUGAUAACCCCGCUGCUGAGGAGAAAUUCGCCUACGUGCCAUUUGGAGCAGGUCGUCACCGCUGCAUCGGGGAGAACUUCGCUUACGUGCAGAUCAAGACCAUUUGGUCAACCUUGCUGCGCUUGUUUGAGUUUGAGCUGGUGGAUGGAUAUUUCCCUACUGUGAACUACACCACCAUGAUACACACCCCCAACAACCCCAUCAUCAGAUACAGACGGAGGACAUGAUACACACAGCAGGAUACACACACACACACACACACACACACACCCCCAACAACCCCAUCAUCAGAUACAGACGGAGGACAUGAUGCACACACCAGGAUACACACACACACACACACACACACACACACACACACACACACACACACACACCCAACAACCCCAUCAUCAGAUACAGACGAAGGACAUGAUACACACACCAGGAUACACACACACACACACACACACACACACACCCCCAACAACCCCAUCAUCAGAUACAGACGAAGGACAUGAUACACACACCAGGAUACACACACACACACACACACACCCCCAACAACCCCAUCAUCAGAUACAGACGGAGGACAUGAUACACACACCAGGAUACACACACACACACACACACACCCCCAACAACCCCAUCAUCAGAUACAGACGAAGGACAUGAUACACACACCAGGAUACACACACACACACACCCAACAACCCCAUCAUCAGAUACAGACGGAGGACAAAACACACACCAUGAUACACACACACACACACACACACACACACACACACACACACACACACACACACACACAUUAUAUAUAUAUGCACUCUGUCUCUUCUCAAUGAUGUCAUUUGUAAAUAAACAGUUUUACAGAUAUUUACACAUCCAUUCUGAAAUUUUGUUAAAGUGCAAAAGAGUUUAAAUGAAUAAUGUGUAAAUGUUCAGUUGAAAUUGUUUUGUAAUUGGAAUGAUCACUCACACACACACACACACACACACACACACACACACACACACACACACACACACACACUUGUGUAUGACUUCCUGCUGUAAGUAUCUGUGUUUAAAGACUACACAUCAGAGUGUUGUAACCGUGUCCUCACUCUAAACCAUCGAUGGCUGAUCUGAGUCAGCACUGAGUGUGAAUGUGUGUCCUGUAGGAGUUUUCCUGCCCUCCUUCUUCACAGGGUUCUCUUUAUCCACUGGGAUCCCGACCAGGGAAAGUCUUUCUUUAAUCACUCUUUUAAAGGAAUAAAACUGUAAGUUAGAAAGAAGGUCAGGAUGACGUCGUAACCUGACCUCAAUUCUUCACGUCUCUUCGAGACUUGCAUGUGGCCACAUCCUGCAUGUGGUCGGCCUUUUCUGCGCUCGCCAUGUUUGUACUCUUUGUGUGGGUUUUGUGGGUUUUUGUUUUUGCUUUUUUGUGAUCUCUGAGUCACAACCACACUCACACUCGCCUUCAUGAGUUAAACAGUAUUGUUUAAAUAAUACACAAUGGUACAAUACAGCGGACACACUAUAAAACGUACAUCCAGUGUUUUAUUCCUCUUAACCGCUGCAACUCGCAUUGUUUUCAGAUGAUUAGUGUUGCUUGUUGUUUCACAAAGUCUGACGUUAUUUAUCUUGGUUUUUACAUCACAAAAACCUGCACUUGUAACAGAGGCAUGUAGACUUUUUAUAUCCAUUGUACAUGGAUCACGUCCAUGUGACCGAGCUGUUACACACACACACACACACACACACACACACACACACACACACACACACACACACACACACACUGCUGUAAAAAGAAGGUGAUGUUCCUGAGAGACUCUACAAGGCCCAAUGCAUGACCCUGUUACAGUCUACAAUUCAUGGACAAUGUGCAAAGAGUGAUGAUCAGUCUGCUCUCCUCCCUCAGAAGGUCUCAUCCCUGCAGUGAGAACUUCUCCUGGGCUUUAAGAUUAUGGCCUAAAAUGUAACCCAGUGAAGGUUAAGGUUCUUCUGAGUCACACACUGAGCUAGCUACAUAGAUUUGACCAUCUGCUCCUGCUCCAUCUCACAUUCAGAAGAAAGAAGGUUCCACCUGCUGUAGGAUACAGGAGCUCACAGACACCCACCACUGGCUAGUUUCACUGUGAUUGACAGGACAAAUAGCAUAAACCCCUCCCACUGCAGACGAUGGCCAGUUUUACUCUUUUGGCUUUUGCUGUCAUUCAGACCGAGAUCUGUUUACUGUGGCAACACUCAGGAGCCCAAAAUAGAUGUUCUGUAAAUAUUGUAUGAUACACAAAUAAGGAACAUCUCAGAUCUACAUUUUUCCAUAUAAUUUAUUAAUAGUAAAAUUCUGAAUCCUGUGUUCGCUAAAAUCAGUUAAAUCAGUCUGUCGAUAAGGUGAAAGGAGAAAUAAAGAAGAGUGACGUUUAAGAUGAAAUAAAUGUUCGUGGAAGAACCUCCAAAA